UUGUAUUUUCGUAAAUAUGUGCAUUGGAUUUUUGCGCUUUAAUAUUGUCUCAUCGAGAUACAUAUCAAAAUCUCGUUUCUCAUUUUCUGUGAUCUUGGUGAUCAUUUUCAGCAUUUGUAUGGUAUUAGCCAUAUACAAUGUUAAUUACGUUAUUGAAAUCGACAAGUCCAUGGGUUUACACAACAAUUUCAUUUUGUUCUUGAGUCCCAUGAUCGUUAUAUGUGGCUACAUUUCAAAUCAUUCUACCGUACGAAUGAUUGAGAAAGUGAAAAAUGUUGCUACUCUGCUGCCACCGAAAACCAUUCGCAAAUUAGCCAAACUGGUGUACGCGAAGGACGUGUUGCUUUUCAUCCCAUUUAUUCCGUCUUUUGUACUCACUGUGAAGGGAUUUGGAUACAUAGUUGGUUGCACCUGUUGGUACGUGUUUUUGUCGAUGGUAGCGGCAAACGCUUUGUACGUGAACAAUGUGUACGUGUUAAAAGCUUGUUUUGAAAAAAUAAAUGAUUCCUUGGUAAAACUGAACGAAACGGUGAUCAACGAAGAGCCGCAUCUUUUCAGCAGAGUAUAUCAAUCGCAGGAAAAUCCUGAGUUGCUCAAACAACUGAGAAAUCUUAGAAAACAACAUUUAAAAAUCACUGUUGCUGUUCGGUUAAUUAACGAGACGUAUAAUAUUCGAAAUAUCGGAUUACUUAUAAUGAUCUUCAUUGACCUCACGUUUAAUGUGUAUCAUUAUGUAGUACUUUUUACUCAAGAGAAUAUCGUUACCAUAUGGUUUUCCGAUAUAAAUAUGUCUAUUAUAUAUUAUACUUUCAAUUUGAUUUUGAUUGUUUGGACCACCGAGACGACUAAGAGCCAAGCCCAGCAGAUUGGUUCUAAUAUUCACCGAAUCGUCGUGAAUACUUUUGACAAACAGACGACGAUCGAGUUGGAAUUAUUCUCGUUGCAAGUACUGCAGUGUGACAGCACCUUCUCGGCGAUGGGUCUUCCGAUGGACGCAACCAUUUUGACAAAGAUAGUGUGCUCUAUUUCCACUUAUGUCGUACUAUUGGUACAAUCUCUGCUUGUAAAGCCCUGUUAAGAAGAAGCUCUAAUGUAAUGAUUUUUAAUUGAAUAGUGAAGAAACAAUUAUGGUCGAUUGACGAAGAGCCUGGAAUAAAUUAUAAAUUUACAGCACCACUCUUAAUCAUGCUAAAAGCAAACUAUGCAACAAAUUAUUUAUUCACGUUAUGUAUUAUCGUAUUGCAAUUAAU